UAGAUGCAUGACACAGCACGUGACCAGGAUGUUCUGAUAAUAUACUCUGAGGGAAAUGUAGGAUAUAUCCAUUAAGUUUUGUAACAUGAUUCAAAGAGUAUUUGUCAUCAUUUGUUUGUUUCCUCUAAAUCAAGCUGCGCUGCCUUUGGUGAUCAACACUUGGAAUUUUGAGAAUGCAGCUAACGCAGCCUGGAGCGCGCUGCAGAAGGGCGGCUCGGUUCUGGAUGCGGUGGAGCGGGGCUGCUCGCAGUGUGAGCUCGAGCAGUGUGAUGGCAGCGUGGGGUUCGGCGGGAGUCCGGAUGAGCGCGGAGAGACGACCCUGGACGCGAUGAUCAUGAAUGGAGACACAAUGGAAGUAGGGGCAGUGGCAGACCUACGCAGGGUCAAAAAUGCUGUGGGUGUUGCCCGAGCAGUGAUGGAACACACAGAGCACACCUUUAUAGUGGGCGAAUCAGCCACAAUCUUUGCUGAAAACAUGGGCUUCAUGUCUGAAGACUUGUCAACUAACAAAUCAAUAGCUAUUUUCUCCCAGUGGUUGCAGCAGAAUUGUCAACCCAACUAUAGAAAGAAUGUUUUUCCAGACCCUUCCAAAUCAUGUGGGCCGUACAAGCCCAAAGCCAAGCUGUGGAAGCCAAAGAAUCCAAACGGAAAUUUUGACCCCAGUUCUCAUGACACAAUUGGAAUGAUUGCGAUUGGUAAGAACGGACAGGUGGCUGCUGCAACGUCCACCAAUGGAGCAACACAUAAGAUACCAGGCCGUGUAGGUGAUUCACCAGUGGCUGGAGCUGGGGCUUAUGCCGACAGCACAGCGGGGGGAGCGGCCGCCACAGGGGAUGGAGACAUCAUGAUGCGUUUCCUUCCUAGUUUUCUAGCUGUUGAUUUCAUGAGAAAUGGAGCCCAACCCACUGUUGCCUGUAAGACGGCCAUCUCCAGAAUCAAGAAGUACUACCCCAAUUUCUUUGGAGCAAUUAUAUGUGCCAAUACUACUGGUGGAUAUGGUGCUGCUUGUAACAAGCGUCCUGGGUUUAGCCAGUUCCCCUUCAUGGUGGUUAACCCACAGACAAACCAAUCUCAGUUGCAGAAGGUGGACUGCUUUUGAAUUACAAGCAUUUUGUUUUAUGUUUACAUUUUUAAAAGUUUGUUAAUUAAUUAUUGAUUGGUAUAUGCCUUGUGAUCAAUGUUCA